AUGAUGAUUUCAUUCCCUGCUAUCCAUGUUAAGAUAAUCAGGAAAUGGAGUACGAAAACUGGAAGAGAUCACCAUUCAGUCAUUCUCUUAGGAGAUGCGAAAGGGGUAACAAUUGAAGGGAGCCUAAACGAUGCUUUGUCUCUACCUAAAGAGAUUGAACUCAAAGAAGGUGACUGGGUUGAGAUACUCAAUUUCGACAUAACAAGGGUUUUUCAGCUCUACAGAACCACAAAGCACAAGUACACAAUCAAGUUCAAUGAAUCGACUUUGUUUCGAAAGAUAGAACCAGUAAACGGUUCUAACUUUCUAUGUUGUGCAAACUUCGGUGGUAUCAAUCGGGGUCUUUAUUGUCCUAUGUACUGCAUUGGUAUGUGGACUAUGCUUAACUCUUACUUACAUUGUUAA